AACAUAAACAGUCAACAUUGUCUUCUGGCUUCAUAAAGCGAAUGUAACAUACUUUGUGUCGAAAUAUAGAACAAGAAAGUUUGAACUGAAGCACUGGAUGAAAUUCGGCGUCGUACCAGUACUGAAUAGGUAGAACAGUGUCGGCGUCAAUAUAAGGUAGCACAAUGGCUACGAGCGCCGUAGAAGAUGACAGUAUGGCCAGACGGAGCGUCGUUGUGGACGAGGAAGCGUUUGAGGAGCAGUUUCUCAGAUGCAACAUCUGCCACGAGAAGUUCAACGAGAACGAAAGACUGCCAAAAUCUCUCCCGUGUAACCACACGUUCUGUCAGCCAUGUUUGCAGAGAGUGUUCGACAUGCACGAGCAGACAGGCAGACGUGGCCUACUCUGGCACGACGAAGACAGGGAGGGGGUUCUCAAAUGUCCAAGCUGCCGGGUCGAGAUUUACAUCAGCAGAUCCGAGAUCAACGCCUUACCCAGCGACCAUCGGGUCAUACAAAUGAUUGACUUUCUGUCCAAGGCCGUUUCCAAAGCGAGCAACAACUGCCCGAAGCAUGAGAAUCAACCCUUGAACUUCUUCUGUAAGCGCUGUUUAGUGCCAGUGUGCAGAGAUUGCACUGUCUUGGAUCAUAAAGAAAACCAGGGCCACGAUAUCGUGGAUGUGUCGAAGACGUUGGACGAAUUCAAUGCAGAAUUCGAUAAUAUUGAGAUCAAGGGUCGCGAAACGAUGGGGCAUUUGAAAGAGAAAUCGGACAGUUUGGCAAACGCUUCGAAACGGUUGGAUCUCCUCGAGAGACAACUAAGGAGCAAAAUAAAGGACACGUUUAUAGAAUAUCGCCUUUUGUUGGAGCGUCGACAAGACGCCAUGAUCUCGGACAUGAAGGAGAUGAUACAAGCUCAGAAAUCCAAGAUAAACGCGGCCUUCGUGAAAAUUUGCGAGAACGGGAAUGACAUGCAGAAGAAACUGGACACAUUUACUCAGGCGAGAUCCACGAACGACGUGAAACAGCUGUUCGAGCUACAUCAGAACAUUAAGGAGACGGAAUUGGAGAGCGAAGAAACAGUCCAGGGCAUAAACGAAGAGGAGAUGUUUGUAGGUUUUGACUUCGAUGUGAAGACAGAAGGACAGUUUCUGGUGGACAUGAGUGGGCUAGGAGAGCUCUCGUCACACCAGGAUCUCGGUCUGAAGGCGCCAUUGCCGGCCCAUCAGCUUGUCAUUCUGGAAACCCCCGAACAACCGCCAUACAAUCCCGACCCAGACGACGUCGUUCUCCACUGUGACGACAGUGACGACACCGCUGAAGAGAUGUUAGGCGUCAUAGACUCUGAUAGGUUGAGAGAAAGAGCUGCUGUCAUAGCAACGGCAGAACGAUUGGCUCAGCGGGCUGCAGCAGCCGUUGUGCAGGCGCAGCAGGCAACAAACUCCGCGAGAUCACGCUCUUCGAGUUCCCGGAGACCGCGUAGAUCUGAGAGCUACAGAGUGGUUCGCCACCCCACCAGUAGCCGGCCUGCUGAGUACUCAUCCACAAGGUACUCUACCGACAGAGACAUGGACGAAACGUGAAGUCUGAAUAAACAUGUCUGAGACAAUUUGUUUGUCCAGCUUAUUGACAUAUAUGACAAUUCCAGAUAUAAACGCACGAUAAAUUUGUUGACAUUUUCACUGCUACGACAUAAAUCAACCCCAAAGUUUUUUUCACAGUGGUGAAAAUCACAAAAACUGUGAAUUUGGUACAUAUUCACAAGAUUUAGGUGUUUGAAUGCUAAUACAAGUUGUUAAUAUUUUGUAAAUUUCCCAUUUAGACCUUUAAAUGGAAAAAGCUUUGUGUCAGCUAAAAGUCCUUUCACAUUCAGUUAAGACCACUUCAUUAUUGUCGACUUGUAUUA